CCCCAAGCGGAGCGGGAGGCCCGACGGGGGAGCCGAGCGGCGGCGGCGGCGGCGGGGGCGGUAAUGGCGGAGCUGGUGCAGGGGCAGAGCGCUCCGGUGGGGAUGAAGGCCGAGGGCUUCGUGGACGCUCUGCACCGGGUCCGGCAGAUUGCUGCUAAAAUUGAUUCAAUUCCUCACUUGAAUAAUUCCACACCUCUAGUGGACCCCUCAGUGUAUGGCUAUGGAGUACAAAAACGGCCCUUGGAUGAUGGAGUAGGUAACCAGUUAGGGGCCUUGGUACAUCAAAGGGCAGUAAUAACAGAAGAAUUCAAAGUGCCUGAUAAAAUGGUUGGAUUUAUUAUCGGCCGGGGAGGUGAGCAGAUUUCACGGAUUCAAGCAGAAUCUGGUUGCAAAAUUCAGAUUGCCUCGGAGAGUUCUGGGAUUCCAGAGAGGCCCUGUGUACUUACCGGAACCCCAGAAAGUAUUGAACAAGCCAAACGGCUCCUGGGACAGAUUGUGGACCGCUGUCGGAAUGGACCUGGCUUUCAUAAUGACAUAGACGGCAACAGCACGAUCCAGGAGAUUCUCAUCCCUGCGUCUAAAGUGGGGCUGGUCAUCGGCAAGGGAGGGGAGACAAUAAAGCAGUUGCAGGAGCGGACAGGUGUGAAGAUGGUCAUGAUCCAGGACGGCCCAUUGCCCACGGGAGCAGACAAGCCUCUUCGCAUCACCGGAGACCCGUUUAAAGUACAGCAAGCAAGAGAAAUGGUAUUAGAGAUCAUCCGAGAAAAAGACCAAGCUGAUUUUCGAGGUGUACGCGGUGAUUUCAGCUCCCGAAUGGGAGGAGGCAGUAUAGAGGUGUCCGUGCCUAGGUUUGCAGUUGGGAUUGUAAUAGGAAGAAAUGGGGAAAUGAUCAAGAAGAUCCAGAACGAUGCCGGUGUGAGAAUUCAGUUCAAACCAGAUGAUGGUAUUAGUCCAGAGAGAGCUGCACAGGUCAUGGGACCCCCAGAGCGAUGCCAGCAUGCAGCACAUGUCAUCAACGAGCUUAUUCUUACAGCCCAGGAAAGAGAUGGCUUCGGGGGCCUGGCGGUAGCCAGAGGAAGAGGCCGUGGCCGCGGUGACUGGAGCGUGGGAACCCCUGGUGGCAUCCAGGAGAUAACCUACACAGUGCCGGCAGAUAAGUGCGGCCUCGUCAUAGGCAAAGGGGGUGAGAACAUCAAAAGCAUAAACCAGCAGUCAGGAGCACACGUGGAGCUUCAGCGGAACCCCCCUCCCAACACGGACCCCAACCUGCGGAUAUUCACCAUCAGGGGGGUUCCUCAGCAGAUUGAGCUGGCCAGACAUCUCAUAGAUGAGAAAGUCGGCGGUGCCAGUCUCGGAGCACCCGGAGCCUUCGGACAGAGCCCCUUCAGCCAGCCGCCUGCCGCGCCGCAUCAGAACACCUUUCCUCCAAGGAGCUCAGGGUGCUUCCCAAACAUUGCUGCUAAAGUGAAUGGAAACCCUCACAGCGCCCCUGUGAGUGGUCCUCCGGCCUUUCUGACCCAGGGCUGGGGCAGCACCUACCAGGCGUGGCAGCAGCCCACACAGCAGGUUCCAAGCCAGCAGAGCCAGCCGCAGAGCAGCCAGCCCGACUACAGCAAGGCCUGGGAAGACUAUUACAAAAAACAGAGUCACGCUGCCAGCGCCGCUCCUCAGGCCAGCUCCCCGCCGGACUACACAAUGGCCUGGGCGGAGUAUUACAGACAGCAGGUCGCAUUCUACGGGCAAACAUUAGGGCAAGCUCAGGCCCACAGCCAGGAACAGUAGGACAGUGGCCUGCAGCUCCCUUCCCCCCCCCCCCCCCCGAAACCAUUGUGAGCAAAACCUAUUUGUAACAGAGGUUUUUAGAUUUGCAAAACCUUUUGAUGAAGAACCUUUGUUUUGUUCUGUGAAACACUAUAUUUAGAUUAACAGAAUUUUUCUAAAAAUCGGGAAAAUCAGUUACUAAAAAUUGCUGAUAAUUUUUGUUUUGUUAUUUGUGUUUGUUACUUCAAAUGUGUAAGCUCUGGGAUUCUUUUUGGAGCAAUACCUGCAAAUUCGGGCACCAGAAUGUGCCGCAGAGCAGUGACAUUUCAACAUGGUGUGUUUUUGUUUUGUUUUGUUUGCGUGUCUUUUUAUUUACAGUUUUUUCUGUUGCAACAGAAAGUGGCUUGGAAGUCUUAGGUGGCUUGUAACAAAUUCUUUAAAAAAAAUUUUAAACAGUAUUUAAAUAUUCUUAAAUGUGUAAAUUCAUUAAAUGUUUUACUUCUAA